ACUACAAUCAGCGAUACCCAUUCAGCGGAGUCAAUUUUCUCAAUGGUGCCUUGUUCUUCAAGUUUUUCAACUCUUCUGAAACCUUAUCUCUUACGCUAAAUGGACUGACGUCCAGUUGGUCUGAUCCAUCAAAGAUUCAGCAUAGGAUUAUUGCUGAUGUUCCGGAGAACCGAUAUUUUGAUAUUGAGCUUGUUGAUCUUAACAUGGACGGUUCCCUGGACUUGCUACUUUCAAUAAACAGUGAGACCGAUGGAAAACUUGUUGCUUAUGAGAUCCCGCGGGAUUUUCGCACUGGUGUCUGGAGACCCCAUGUGAUCGCUGAGGGAUUCAAACCGAGUAACCUCAUUGUUCUGGAGGGCAACGGCUCACCGGGGAGUGCGCACGCCUUCUAUCCAGGGCCACCUGGUGAUAGGAUAAAACCCCUCAUCCUUCUAACUGGAGAUGAUGAUAGCAACGUGUACGUCUUUGAAAGCACCGCCGACAAUGACCCAUCUGUGUGGAGUUACACUAAGACCUCAAUCUUCUAUGCUAAAGGGACUGUAGGCGGUCCCGCGAUCAAAGAUAUUGACGGAGACGGAUACGCUGAAAUCUUCAUACCAGCAUGGUCCGAAGGAACACUUAACGUGUACACGUUCAAGCCAUAAAACCUUGAUGAAGUUUGAACAUUAUAUCACCCACACCAAUUGCGUCACAUGCUCCUUUUCUGACAUAUUCAAACAAAAUUACUAGAAUUCAAUCGCCUUUGAAAUUUUUUUAAUUGAAAUAUUGCGAUAUUCUUAUAAACAGAUAUAUAAUGUUGUGGGAUUCGGUUCGUCGCAAUUUAGUUUUGGUAUCGUUUUGUUUUGUUUUUUACAACAGACAACUGAUACAUUGCGAGCAAGUAUACGAGUAUUAAGUAUAUGUGUGUUGAGCCAAAUUUAGCCAAAAUUUAGUAUUUAAUAAGGUAUUACUUAUUGAUAAACUUAAUAAGUAAGGUGGAAAUCGCUACUAUUUAGCCACCAACUUUACACAGAGACAGUUGGUUGGAUGCCAGGUAAAGUACCGAGGUCGUAUUGAUGUCCCAUGGUUAAAAAUAAAGACUAAACGAAGGAAAUAA